AUGGAAAAUCUGAAGCUAACAUUAUACUUAAUAAAUUACAGAGCAUCAAAAUUAAAAUCUUUUGUUCUGAAAAGUGUGGAACUCCAGCAGAAAUCCUUGAAUAAAAAUCAAUGUCCUGGAGAGAAGCCAGAGGAGCUGGACUCAGGAGCCAUCUAUCACUGCCACAGCAACUCCAAGGCCACAGACAACAGAGCAAGCGAGCAAGUCUAUGCCAAGUGGAAACUCUGUGCUGCUUCAGGAAUAUGCUUCGUUUUCAUGAUUGCAGAGGCCGUGGGUGGGCACAUUGCUGGGAGUCUUGCUGUCGUCACAGAUGCUGCCCACCUCUUAAUUGACCUGACCAGUUUCCUGCUCAGUCUCUUCUCCUUGUGGUUGUCAUCAAAGCCCCCUUCAAAGCAGCUGACGUUUGGAUGGCACCGGGCAGAGAUCCUUGGUGCCCUGCUGUCCAUCCUGUGCGUCUGGGUGGUGACGGCUGUGUUGGUGUACCUGGCAUGUGAGCGCCUGCUGUACCCUGAUUACCAGAUCCAGGCGACUGUGAUGAUCAUCAUUUCAGGCUGUGCGGUGGCAGCCAAUAUUAUACUAAGUGUGAUUCUGCACCAGAGACAUGCUGGACACAAUCACAAGGAAGUGCAAGCCAAUGCCAGUGUCAGAGCAGCCUUUGUGCAUGCCCUCGGAGAUCUAUUUCAGAGCAUCAGUGUGUUAACCAGUGCACUUAUUAUCUACUUUAAGCCAGACUAUAAAAUGGCUGACCCAAUCUGCACAUUCGUCUUUUCCAUCCUGGUUUUGGCCAGCACCAUCACUGUUUUAAAGGACUUCUCCAUCUUACUCAUGGAAGGUGUGCCAAAGAACCUGAACUACGAUGAUGUGAAAGAGCUCAUCUUAGCAGUGGAUGGAGUGGUGUCUGUGCACAGCUUGCACAUCUGGUCUCUAGCAAUGAACCAAGUGAUUCUCUCGGCUCAUGUUGCUGCAGCAGCCAGCCGGGACAGCCAGGUUGUUCGAAGAGAUAUUGUAAAAGUCCUCAACAAUAGCUUUACUGUGCACUCACUCACCAUUCAGAUGGAAUCUCCAGCUGACCAGGACCCUGACAGUUUUUUCUGUGAAGAACCCCGGGACUAGUUCAGUCACAAUGUCAACUUCCAGAGUUCAACGGCCUACUACACACUGCUCUGCAGUUUCUAGAAUAUAAGGAAUAAAGAACCAAAGGAAGAAGUUUGAGAAAUUCAUGAUACAGUACAGUGCACAUUUUAUUCUUCUUUAUUUAGCUCCAUCCACCAUGAAUGAAGAUGCAUAUAGAUUCAUUAAUCAAUUGGAUUCUCAACUCAUCAGUAGCUGUGUUCAAUCACAGGAAUGUGUGUAUGGACUAUUCCUGACUGGGGCUGAAGUAACAGCUGUUUGUAACCAUAGGCAAUAAAAAGUUCAUCUCCCUUCAGUGAUGUAUCCUGAGGAUGAGUGGGUAAAAUUGAACUUGGGAAAGUCUUAUUAGGAAUCAGUGCCCAGGAAAAGUCACAAAAUUCUCCUCAAAUGGGAGAAAAAAGCAAACUAGGAAGAGCUUAAGUUAAAAGAGAUGCUGGAAGCUUAACACCCCACUAGAACUUGACUCUCUGGCCAGUUUAUAAUAGGAUUUGGAGCAGUUUCUUUUUACUCCCUAUCAGCAUCAC